AUCCGUCAGCUCCUCAUCUCCCCCGCCUCCCCCGCUCACGCGCAUGCCAUGCCAGUGACGAAGCGCCCGCUGACGACCGCUGUGGCCGUGGUGGCGCUGAACGCGGCGCUCUGGUGCACCGCCAAUCCCGCCUACGACUUCGUCUGCGACCUGCCGUACUGGCAGCGCCAGAGGGAGAGGAGGCGACAAGAGCGGGAGCGGCAACUGCAGCUUGAGAAGCAGAGGGUGGAGCAGAGGCAUCAGGCCGUGCAGCAACGGUAGAAUAGAAGCAGCAAGAGGGCGAGCGGGCGGCCCAGGGGAGGGAGGUGGCCGUGCAGCAGCGGCUAGAAGCAGAGCAGCAGCAAGGUCACAGACUCACAGGUGUGGGAACGUCCGACUUUUGAGUGAAACCGGCCAGCAGCAGCAGCAGCAGCAGCAGCAGCAGCAGCAGCAGCAGCAGUAGCUCUCUUUCUGCGCUUGCCCUACGCUGUGUGGUUUCCUCUCAAUUCGCCCUGCCCGGGCGUCCCCUUUUCAGAGGAGUGUGAAGGAGUCUAGGGGAGUUCAGAGGCGGUCAGGGGAGGGGGCGUGUGCUGUAGGUGCGGUGCUGUGAGGCUGUGUCAUGAGGGCUUGGCGCGCAGCUCUACCAGUGGGCUGCGGGGUUGUGCCUGCCACACGCGCGAGUGACCACCACUCAGGCACCUUGUGAGUCGUACUCGUUCUCCGCCCGCCUCCACCCCCCCCCCCCUUCCCCCACUCUCCCCCUGAUGCCCCUGGGCGUGCCCCCCCACCGUGUGGCGCUGCUGCGGCGGCUGGUGCAGCGGGCGCGCAGCUACGUGCGGCACGACCUGCGCGAGAUCGUGUGGCCCUCCUCGCUGCCCGACCCGCCCUCUGCUGCCCCACCCCCGCGCCGCCUCACACUGCAGGAGCACCGCCAGCUGUUGGCAGCAGCAUGGGCAGCGUACAAGGACAGCUGGAGGGCGGAGUUUAACCGCAGCAGAGCAGGGAGGGGAGCAGGGGAGGCAGUUGGUGGGAUGCCCCGGGGGGGGGAGGAGGAUGGUGAUGGGUUUGGAGAGGCGGUGGAGAGGAAGAGGAGGGAGGGGCAGGGGGAUCCGCCCUCAACCACGUUGGUGGAGGAGCUAGGUGGAGCAGGCAGGGCAGGAGCGCGGGCGCUGCUCCCCUGGUUGCACCAGCGGUACGUGGAGCGAGUGGCAGCAUACGCCGACUCCCUCAAGCAGUUCGUGCAGGGCUACCGCGAGGGCUUUGCCCACUCCUCCUCCUCCUCCUUCUCAUCCCUGUCUCCUGAUGCUGAGCCCACCCAGCCCACCCAACCCACCCAGCCCACCCAAGCUGAGCCCACCCAAGCUGACCCUACCCAAGCAGAUAGACCAGCUGAGACCUAUCCAGUCAUCCAGCCAUCCCCAUCCUCAUCAGCAGAUGGUACCCCUGCGCCCACACAUCAUUCUGGCAGUUCACCGCUGCACGCCACCCAUCCGUACCGCUCAGACCAGCCGCCCUUGAGCUCAUCCCUUCAGCCUGCUUUGCCUGACUCUAUCCCCGCUUCCCCUCUCCAUACUGCUGCUGCUGCUGCUGCUGCCGGCACUGCUCCAAGCACAGCUUCUGACAACACUGCUGCUGCCAGCGCUGCUUCUGACCCACCCAUCUUCACCAUUUCCACCUAUCCCUCUGCCGCCCCACUUCCCCACACUGCUCGCACUACAGCACAUGCUGCUGCUGCUGCUGCUCCAUUCCACCCCACCCCAGGCCUCUCCACUCCAGACCCGCGUAGCACAGUGCCUCCGGUGGAUGCGUCCCUCUCCCAGAAUGCUCAUGCCGACGCCCCUCCCCCACUUGGUGGUGACAUGCCAGAGCAAAUGCCUGCACAGCCUGCUGAUAGUGACAAACAAGCUCUUCGAUAGGGCAGCAGUGAGUCGUGACCUUUCCACUCAUUUCCCUUCGUCUUGUGUCGAGCAAUCAUUGGAGACCUUCAUAUCGAAUAUUGAGAAAGCUUGCUUUCUUGUCCUUUGCAAUAGGCAUCGUUCUCAUUUCAAGUGGCUUGGUACAAUAGUCGCUUACUAGCUUAUAAGAAUCUAAACAUGCACACAUCA